AUGGCCAAUCGAACAGAUGCGAGUGCCAUAAAAAUUUUUGGAUCCAAUCCGCAAUACUUAAUUUCAAAUAUCAUAAGAAGCAAAAUAUAUGAAAGCCCAUACUGGAAGGAGAAAUGCUUCGCUUUGACAUCCGAAUCUAUAAUAGACCAAGCGGUAAAUUUAAAAUACGUUGGAGGGACGUAUGGAGGUAACAGAAAACCAACUCGCUUUUUAUGUCUAGUUUUAAAGUUACUACAAAUUCAGCCCGACAAAGAUAUAAUAUAUGAGUAUAUAAAAAAUGAGGAAUUUAUUUAUUUAAGAGCUUUAGGUAUAUUUUAUCUAAGACUCAUAGGAAAAAGUUUAGAAAUUUAUAAAAAUUUAGAACCCAUUUUAUUCGACUAUAGAAAAAUAAGAAUGAGAUCAAAUGAUGGUACAUUUCAAAAAAUAUAUAUGGAUGUAUUUGUUGACAACUGCUUAGUAUUAAAUAAUCUUUUUGAUGUGGAUUUUCCUACCUUAACCAAAAGACAAGUUUUGGAAGAGAAUAAUCUAUUAGAAAAAAUUAACCUAGAAUACUACAAAGAAUUGUUAAAUGUUCCAUCAGACAGAGAAGGAGGAAAACAGGGAAACGAAAUGGAAAUGAAGAAGAUGAAGAGGAAUGAAGAUGACUGCACAUCCCGGAGUAAUGAAGAAAACUUAAAAUUAAAACUGCGUAACACGUAUAGGAAGAGCCGUAUGGACAGCGUAGAAAGGCAUAAAGCAAGAAAAAGAAGAGGUAAAAAGUAUGACCAUGAAAAUGAAGGGCGGCAGGAAAAGAGGGGAAUCAGAAGGAGGGAGAAGUCUGGAAAAAAGGACCAAGAAUGGGAAAGGAGAAGAAUCAAAAGAAGAAGUAGAAGUAGAAGCAUAAGCAGUGGUAAUAGUAGCGGCAUAAGUAGAAGUAGAAGUAGAAGCAUAAUCAGUGGUAAUAGUAGCGGCAUAAGUAGAAGUAGAACUAGAAGCAUAAUCAGUGGUAAUAGUAGCGGCAGAAGUAGAAGUAUAAGCAUAAGCAGUGGUAAUAGUAGCGGCAGAAGUAGAAGUAUAAGCAUAAGCAGUGGUAGUAGUAGGGCAAGAAGUAGAAGCAUAAUCAGUGGUAGUAGUGGAGGCAGGCGUAGAAAUAGAAGCAUAAAAAGUUGUAGUAGUAGCCGCAGAAGUGUCAGUAGAAAGGAUAAGAAAAAGUCCCAGAAGAAGUAUGCAUGGUACAAAUACAAAAAAAAACAAUACUCAUCGGAGGGGGAAAAAAUGCGCACCAGUUUAGAGUUAUAUGCGGUUAGUAAGAAGAAGAGGAAUCGACGUAUGAGUGAAGACAUCGAUGAAGAGAAAAAACAUAGAAAAAAAAAAAAAAGGAGAAAUAUAAAAAAUGAAAAUAUAAAAAAUGAAAAUACAAAAAAUGAAAAUACAAAAAAUGAAAAUAUAAAAAAUGAAAAUAUAAAAAAUGAAAAUAUAAAAAAUGAAAAUAAGAAAAAUGAUGGCUCUUCAUAUGAUGAAAAUAAAAAGGACGGACUACCAAUUGAUAAAUGGAACCAAAUUAGAAAAGAGUUAGGCAUGAAGCCACUCAAAUGA